AAGUUGUUGCGGCAGGCAAGGGCGAUAGACGAGGACGUGGAGCACUUGACGGCGGCCCGAUUUGAGGGACCCUGGAUCGUGUUGUGCUACAGCGAUGGACUUCAGGUGGUCCGGGUCGAAGAGGACGCGUUGCCGCGGACAUUAUGGAACGUAACAGUGGCGGAAGGCGUUGUAUGUGCGUGUGUGGUUUCCGCACACGACAGCCUCUGUCCCGUGCCCACAUAUACUGAGACGCAGCCCGACCUGUCGAGCGAACCUACGUCCAAUGAGCACGAUCCUGACCCGGCUCACGACCCGGCUGCGGCUCCUGACUCGGCCGCGGCGACUCCUAGUCCUAGAGGGGACGAUCAGACGGGUGCACCAACUGCGGGCAAGCAUCGGUCGCAGGAGAGUUCAGCGCCUCUUGUGAUUUAUGUCACGGAAGCGGAGCCUUCCGUCGUGGUCGUGGUCGACGCGGCCACGAGCACCGUCCUGCACCGGCUAGUCAUCGGCGGUCCCGUGACCGACCUGACCUCACACGUCGUGCCCCGACCGGCUACCAACGACGACCCGGAAGGGAGUCAGGAAGGAGCACUUCCUCCCUCUGCAUUCCCUCCUUCUGGACGCCCUCGUUCUGGAAUCCCUCCUUAUGGACCCCCCGUGGUGGAAGAACGGGUGGGCGUGUUGGUAGUAAGCAGUCACCGAACUUUGCACCUGUACGACUUGAAGACCUGGAGUUGGAUGGUGUCACUGGGCACAGGUGCGUCGCCAGUUGCCCCCCCUAAAGCCUUGCAAGCGCGGACGCCGGCUUUCUGGUAUGAGUCUGCGAGUGGUGCUUUAAUUCUUUACUCGUGGUGGUCUGGUCGUGUGUUGGGUCGCGCCUUUGUGGACCAAACGAGUCGUGGUGCAAGCCCGUGGGUGGCGGAGACCCGGACGCCUUGGGUGGACUGUGCUGAGUUUUCACCGAGCAGCCAAUCGGCAUGCUCACGUGGCUCCUCCGAGUCCUUCGACUUCGCCGAACACACGCGAAGCACCACCGGCGCCAUCUGGGCUGACGACCGUGUCGUUGCCGCCACCGACCUCUACGACGACCACGUCUACGUCUCCUUCUGGAGCCAUCCAGCCACCUCCCGCUCUGCCGCUGACAACCACUCUGCCGCCACGCCCGAAAAACUUUCCCAACGGUCGCCCAUGCGGUCUCCGGUACAGGACGUCGAUGGAAUACGAACCGGCCUGGGUUCGAAUCUGAUGGCAGUGUGCACGGGACCACCUCUUGCGGAAAUCCGGCUAAUCAAACGGCCCAGCUCAGUUGAUGCAGGGCUGUCGCUGUUCGGGGUCUUCAAACGCAGCCUCUGUUACGUUUCCGAAAAGUUCAUUAAGAAACAAGACCUUAUAUGCACCAUCGCCGGCAUCAGAGAUGAGCACGGCUUCUUAACACUUAUUAAUGCCGCAAACACCGAAUGGCAAGGCGCUUUUGCAGAGUGCUACAAUUGGAGGAAAGAUUAA